AGAAUGACACGUACCUCAGGAGGCAGAGCGGUCACCCACCCAUCAGGAGGUUGGCGCUGCUGAACCUGCUGAACCAUUUCUCUUGAUGAGCAGGCUGGAUAGUUAAGACAUCCAACAGGGGUGCGAGGUCGGAGACAGCAGCACGCAGGAGGGACAGAGACAUUCACGCCGGGGACGAAGGAGGACAGAAGAUGGAGGCACUGGGAAGGUGGCGGGCGGACUGGAGGUAUCCCACCGCCCUGCUGUGCAUUUACGGAUUCUUCAGCACAGUUAAACCCCUGGAGCCUUUCCUUACCCUGUAUUUGACGGGACCAGACAAGAAUCUGACAACAGAGCAGGUGAACAACCAGAUCUUCCCGGUGUGGACGUACUCCUACCUCUCCGUGCUGGUGCCAGUGUUCCUGCUGACCGACUGGCUGCGUUACAAGCCCGUGGUGGUGUUCCAGGCCGCCACCCUCCUCGUCACCACGGCGACGCUGCUGUGGCUGCGGAGCGUGGCGGCCAUGCAGGCCAUGCAGUUCUUCUACGGGGUGGUGACGGCCAGCGAGGUGGCCUACUUCUCCUACAUCUACAGCGUCGUGGAUCCAAAGAGGUACCGCAAGGCCACGUCUUACAGCCGCAGCGUCCAGCUGCUGGGGUACACGGUGGGCUCCGUGCUGGGCCAGCUGCUGCUCAGCUUGGAGCUCAUGUCCUUUAACGGCAUCCUGGCGCUCACCCUGGCUCUCACGGCCGCGGCUCUUCUGGCGUCCUGCCUCCUGCCGAUGCCGCGCCGCAGCAUGUUCUUCCACCGCGGGGCCCCCGCGGAGGGGAAAGGGCCGCAGGCGGAGGGCCUCGAGGAGCCCGACGGCGGGAGGAGAUGCAGCCAAGCGCUCCUCCAGCUGUGGAGGGACUUCCGCCAGUGCUACUCCUCCAGGCGGCUGCUCUACUGGUCAGUGUGGUGGGCGAUGGCCACGUGCGGCUACAACCAGACGACCAACUACGUCCAGGUGCUGUGGGAGCACGUGCAGCCGUCUCAGAACUUCAGCAUGUACAACGGAGGCGUGGAGGCGGUGUCCAACCUGUUGGGUGCAGCGACAGCCUACGGCAUCGGCUUCACCGAGGUGAGAUGGGAGCAGUGGGGAGAGCUGGCCCUGGGGGGCUUCUCUGGACUCGGGGCAGGAGCGCUCUUCCUCAUGACCUUCACAGGCAGCAUCUGGGUCUGCUACACUGGUUAUGUCGUCUUCAAGUGCCUGUACAUGCUUUUGAUAACGAUAGCCAUGUACCAGAUCGCGGCUGACCUGUCCAUGGAGCGAUAUGCCCUGGUCUUUGGCGCCAACAACUUCGGAGCGCUGGCUCUCCAGACGGUCAUCACGUCCGUGGUGGUCGACAGUGGAGGACUGGGCCUGAGCAUCAUUCCUCAGUUCACCGUAUACGCCAGCUACUUCGCCGUCAUAGCGGUUGUCUUUUCACUUCGCGGAUUGUUUACCAUUUGGAGAAGCAACAAGUCCCACGAUUCGACCUCUGCAGUCAAAGAAGAACCUCCAGACUCUGAGGAACACAGGUUCUGA